CUCUGCGCCCUGUUGCCUGUACUGCCUCCUUCCCUUGCUAUGCGAUUCAACCUCACAGUUUUCUUUUCUCUCUCUCCCAGGCUUCUUUUGGAAGUUCGAGCCCAGUUGGGUCUCUGUCUUCAGAGGAUCAUGAUUUUGACCCCACGGCUGAGAUGCUGGUCCAUGACUAUGAUGACGAAAGAACUCUUGAAGAAGAGGAGAUGAUGGACGAGGGUAAAAACUUCAGUUCUGAAAUUGAAGACUUAGAAAAGGAAGGAAAUAUGCCAUUAGAAGACCUACUGGCAUUCUACGGCUAUGAAUCUACAAUUCCGACAGUUACAAAUUCCAGUGCCAACAGCCCCCCAAGUGAACUUGCGGACGAACUACCAGACAUGACUCUAGACAAAGAAGAAAUAGCAAAAGACCUAUUGUCGGGUGAUGAUGAGGAAACCCAGUCUUCUGCAGAUGAUCUGACACCAUCUGUGACUUCUCACGAAACUUCUGAUUUCUUUCCUCGGCCUUUGCGAUCAAAUACUACGUGUGAUGGAGAUAAGGAAUCAGAGAUUGAAGAUGUUGAAACAGACAGUGGUAACUCACCUGAAGAUUUGAGAAAGGAAAUAAUGAUCGGUUUACAGUAUCAGGCAGAAAUCCCCCCUUAUCUUGGCAAGUACAGUGGUGACGAGAAAGCAUAUGAAAAUGAAGAUCAGUUACUGUGGCGUCCUGACGUGGUUUUGGAGAACAAAGUCAAGGAGUACCUUGUUGAGACAUCGUUAAGAACUGGAAAUGAAAAAGUCAUAGACAGAAUUUCUUCAGGCACGCACACCAGGGAUAAUGAACAGGCAUUAUAUGAACUUCUCAAGUGUAACCACAAUAUAAAGGAAGCAGUUGAAAGAUACUGCUGCAAUGGAAAAGCCUCUCAAGGAAUGACAGCCUGGACAGAAGAAGAAUGCCGAAGUUUUGAACACGCACUCAUGCUUUAUGGCAAAGAUUUUCAUCUUAUACAGAAAAAUAAGGUGAGAUCUAGAACCGUUGCUGAAUGUGUCGCCUUCUACUACAUGUGGAAGAAAUCAGAACGCUACGAUUACUUUGCUCAGCAGACAAAAUUUGGAAAGAAACGCUAUAACCAUCACCCUGGAGUUACGGACUAUAUGGAUCGUCUUGUAGAUGAAACAGAGUCUCUGGGUGGUACAGUAAAUUCUUCAGCCUUAACUUCUAACCGGCCUGAGCCCAUUCCUGAUCAGCAGCUGAACAUUCUCAGCUCCUUCACUGCCAGUGAUUUGACAGCUUUGACCAACAGUGUAGCAACUGUCUGCAACCCCACAGAUGUGAACUGUCUGGAUGAUAGCUUUCCUCCACUGGGAAACACACCCCGUGGACAAGUCAAUCAUGUGCCUGUUGUAACGGAAGAGUUACUCACCCUGCCCAGCAAUGGUGAAAGUGAUUGUUUUAAUUUAUUUGAGACUGGAUUUUAUCAUUCAGAGCUAAACCCUAUGUGCAGCGAAGAAUCGGAAAGACCCGCAAAGAGAUUGAAAAUGGGCAUUGCUGUCCCUGAAUCCUUUAUGAAUGAGGUUUCUGUAAAUAAUUUGGGUGUAGACUUUGAAAAUCACACACAUCACAUCACCAGUGCCAAAAUGGCUGUCUCUGUGGCUGACUUUGGCAGUUUGUCUGCCAGUGAGACCAAUGGAUUCAUCAGUGCCCACACUCUACAUCAGCACGCCGCCCUUCAUUCAGAGUGACAUGGAUGAGAGGCCCAGAGACAGUGGGUGUGCAGUACCAGUGACCUUGAGGCGAGCUGUCAGGUGUGCAUAGUCUUUCACUGGAAGUUUGACUUUCUCACUAUGACAUCAGUGAUGUCAGUAUGUAUAGAACUAUAUCUUGAUUUAUCAAGAGUAUUUUCAUUUUUCAAUCCAUAAAUGUGGAAAUGAACUAUGAUCAGCAGAGUUGGGAACUAAGAUUGAACUCUGUGGUGCAGCUUUAAGCUCUGCUUCUCUUCCUCAUCCCUUAAUACCUCUUCCACUUCCUCCUUCUUUUCUGUUCCCUUUGCCCUCACUCCCAGUUUUAAAACCUGUAGACAGAGGCCACCAGCUCAAAACCAGCACAGAUGUUCUGAACUGAUGUGUGGCUUCUCUUUGUGUAAAUUCCUUUUGCCAUAAUGGAUGCAGUGGAAUAACAAUGUUUACAGGUACCAACCCCAAUCCCUGCUCAAUGUAGCAUUUGUUUGUUUGUUUGUUUUAUUUUCUUUGUUAAUAAAAGCAGGGGUAGGUUUCUUUAAACUGCACAAACAUGCAAGGAUUUUUUAAAUGGGAACUUCUCUCAUGUUAUUCAACUAGAGCACUUCAGUUUACAAAGCAGCAAAACCAUCUGUCUGGAAGCCAGCACGAGGGACUGCGUGCAAAUGAGGAAGACUCUUGCUUGGAUCCUGUUUCAAAAUUCUAGACCAGGGCUACCUUAUACAGAAUUGGUCAUUUUACUGCCGGGAGACUUCUGUGUAAUUUCCUUUUCUUUCUUUUUUUUUUUAUUGUAUUUUUUGACUAAAAAUUUGGCAUUUGAAGAUGUGUUCAUAUGGGGUUUUGUCCACCAUUGUCAAGAUUGCAAUAUUAAAAAUCAUACUGGUCACUGAUAAUUUAGUGUAUUCUGAGGCAGUUGACUUGCAGAAGCAGUCUUGAAAGCCCAGGAUGUUCCACUCUGGUUUCUGCUUGGAACACCUCUUAAGUUUGGAGCACUGCAGUUCAGAUGUUAAUAUUAGACUUGUAGAUGGCAUGCAUAAUGCAGAACCUUGAAGUAUAUUUAAGCUGUUUUGUUUAGCUUGAAUAGUUGGCAAGAAAAAACUGUGAGUUUCUAUCUGAAAUCGAAUGGUACGCUACCACUUUUAAGUUUUAAGAAGUGACAGAUGUUCACAUGCAUCUCAAAUGCCAUUUUACUUUUAUUCCAGGAGUGAAUAAGAAGCCAUUGUCAUAAGCUUUGACCAUUUUUGCUUUAUUAGACAUGCUCCUUUAAGUUUUAAGGUGAAUCAACUAUAUAAUACAGUAUUAGGAUAUAAUAAGCUUUGCGUUCCUAGCACAGUUAAAGUAAUUACUUUUUGCACCGUCUUAAUUAGAAAUGUUGAUCUUAUUACUAGUUGUGUUGCUUUGCAAAAAACCUUACCAUUUGACUGUGUUGCUGUUUGCAAGUGUAAGUCGCUUCAAGGUUGUGCUGCUGACUAGAUAGGAUGUAGUGGUCUUAGUGCUGGAGGGGAGGGUAUUUAUUAUACAAACUGUGAACUGCAAUGGCAUCCCUGGAGUUGGAUGAUGUGUAUUAUGUUUCUUUGCAGCAUUUUAAUGAAGAUUGCUUUGAAGUGUUUAUGCAGUAGCUCAUUGACUAUAACAUUUAGUUUAGCACAGAGGACAAAGGGUAGUUAAAUUAAUAACUUAAAUCAGUCUCUAACUUAUACAUCUAAAAUCCUGUAUGCACACAGUAAAUAAUGGGUAGCCUGGGCUCUAUGUUGCUUUCUGAUAUUUUUAUCCAAGUGGUUAGCUUCUUAUUGCUGUGUUGUGCUAAACUUUGAACCUUAUUUUUUUGUUCCCUUUAGUGUACUUUCUUUAAUGUAGGAGGAUACUGGGCAUACUCUUCCAUUGUUAUAACUUUAAUUUUCACUCUGGGUUUACAGUGGCUGGUCUGUAUAAAUAAUUUACACAAAGAUGACUGAAUGCUAGUACCAGUUGCACUUAAGUGAAGAUGCCCAUUCUCAUUAGCUGAUGCAGUAAUAUAUCCAGUUUAUCUAUGCAUUGCUGGGGUCUUGAUACAAGAUGGAAACAGUGUUUCUUAUCUAGAAUUAUGAUUAUCAGCAAGUUGAAUGGACACUUUAGUUAUUUAAAUAGAUUUUUGACCAAAAUCCAGAAAAUGAUAUGAGAGAAAAAUAAAUUCCAGCUAGUUUAACAGAUUUUUAAAUGCUAACCUGAUUUUAGCCUCUUAGAGAGUGCUACCUAGCUGGUAACGUUUACUUUUAAAUUCCUUGUUAAAAUGAGGCAAUAAUUUGCAAGAUUUUUGUAUAUAUGUGUAAAGUAAAUUCUUCAUAUCUUUUUAGAUCUAAUUCAAUAUUUUCUGACUACUCCUGCCAUGUAUAAUACCAUUUUUGUGCAUGCUUGAUGUGACAUUCAUAAAUUGUACCACUAUGACUUUAUCCAUGUAAAAUAGCUAUUUAUUGAAUUUUCUUUCAACGGCUGGAUUUUAUUUUUUUGUCUCCAUUUAAACAUCUUAACAGAAUUUGUUACUGUUUAUUAAAAGAAUUGCGUUUGAAAGCAUAAGUAAAACCUGAUUUGCAGUUGUAUGAAGAAAAAUCAAUGCCUUUAUUAUCACGCAUUAAGCACAAUUCUUAUAGCAAACUGUGAUAAAUUCUUUGUUUUUUUAUUUGCCGCAAUAUUUUCAUAUGAACAAACCAAAAAUUCCUGGUGAGCAGUGGCAGUGUCGGCUGAUCCAUCCUUUGUGUCCAGGGAACUGGGGAGGACGUGGACUCAUUCAGAAGUGUAACUGGUGCUGUGACUAUAGCAAUACUUUACUUUUGUUAGUUGUGCUUCUCCUUGCUCAUGCUAGCUUUUCAAAUGUUUAGUUUUCCUCUUGUCAUGGUCAACUGCUGAAUUUACUUGAAGGAUGUAGAAUACUGUUUAAAAAUUACUAAAGUCUGUACAAUUAGGUCAAAGAAUUGUGCAAUUGUUUCCUUUUUAAUUUUUGAAAUUGAAGGUCAUAACUAUUUGAGAACAUCAGACCUAAUAGAGCAGUAGUACUAUUUAAUUUAACCAAAGUCUAGUAACUAUUUCAACUUUGAAUGUAAACUAACAAACCUGACCACCAAGGAGCUUGUUUGCCCAGAGUUUCAGAGCACAUUGUCUACGAAUGGAAAUUGAAAUAAUUUAUAAAAUAUUGACAUUACUAUGUUUUUUAAAAAGUUCCUAAUUUUUUCACUAAAAGGAGGGAAACUAUUAGUUUUAUUGUUAAAUAUGGUAAAUAUUAAUAUUCCUCUUAGAUGACCAGUGAUUCCAAUUGUCCCAGUUUGAAAUAAGUACCCUGUGAGUAUGAGAUAAAUUAGUGACAAUCAGAACAAGUUUUAGUAUCCAAUGUUCAAGAGGAAGUUGCUAUUGUUGCAUUGAUUUUAAUAUUUGUACAUAAACACUGAUUUUUUGAGCAUUAUUUUGUAUUUGUUGUACUUUAAUACCUGGUGUACAGUUCCAGAAAUAAAAAUCUGGAAAUCUGUUUUUCCUGGUGCGUGUGACUAUUUACCAAGUAAUUCAAGCCACUCUUAAGCUGUACCAGAUAGGUAAACACUAAGAGGAAAAAAAUCAUUUUCCUGAAUCCUUUCUACUAGUUUUUGAUUUAUAGUAAUUAUAAAAAUUCCUGAAGUGAGGAUUCUCAUAGUUCAGGAAGCAGUUAACAGAAUAUCUGUUCCAAACAGUCCUAGGAAAUUGUAUUGUGGGAAGACAGAGAACUGAAAUAUGAGCUGUCAAGACUUAACAGGCUGGUAUUUGUGAUAUUACUCUUAUUUAUAAUUUUCAUAAUCCCAUUGCCUCUGGUCAUACCUUUCUCAAGUCUUCAUCCUUUCAAGCUAAAGAUCUUAGCUUAAAUCCCGCCAUUCCCAGUUCCUGUGUUAAUAUCCAAACUGAAUGAUAUUCAGAGUUUACACAAAGCAAGAAAAAGAGUAAAAACCUUAAUUA